GGGGCGGCGUGGGGGUGUCCCAGCCCGGGGGGCCGUGCCCGCGGUCCGGUCCCGCCCCGCCGCGUCUCUCCUUAAAGCUCCCGCCCGGCCCCCGUCGCGCUCACCGCUCUCGCCGCCCCGGAGCCGCCGCCGCGAUGCCGCUGCGGGGCCGGACGCUGCUGCUGGCGGCUCUGCUGCCCUCCGUGCUGCUGGCCGCUCCUCCGCCCCCCGCCUGCCCCGAGCGCUGCGAUCGGUCCCGCUGCCCGGCGCUGCCCGCAGCCUGUCCCGGCGGGCCCGUGCUGGACGCCUGCGGCUGCUGCCGCGUGUGCGGGGCGGAGGAGGGCGAGGCGUGCGGGGGCGCGGGGCCGCCCUGCGGAGAGGGGCUGCAGUGCGCGGUGCCGCCCGGGGCCGUCCCCGCCUCGGCCACGGUGCGCAAGCGGGCGGCGGCGGGGCGCUGCCAGUGCUCCAGCACCGAGCCCGUGUGCGGCAGCGAUGCGGUCACCUACGCCAGCCACUGCCAGCUGCGGGCCGCCAGCCGCCGGGCGGAGCGCCUCCGGCAGCCGCCCAUCAUCGCUAUCCAGCGCGGAGCCUGCGGGCAGGGCCAAGAACAUCCGAACAGCCUGAGGCACAAAUACAACUUUAUAGCAGAUGUGGUGGAGAAGAUCGCUCCUGCUGUGGUUCACAUUGAAUUAUUUCGCAAACUUCCUUUUUCCAAGAGGGAGGUUCCUGUGGCCAGUGGCUCGGGGUUCAUUGUCUCUGAAGAUGGGCUGAUAGUGACCAAUGCCCACGUGGUCACCAACAAGAACAGGGUGAAGGUGGAGCUGAAGAACGGGGAGACUUACGAAGCCAAAAUUAAAGAUGUUGAUGAAAAAUCUGACAUUGCACUAAUUAAAAUAGAUUCUCAGGGUAAAUUGCCAGUUCUUCUGCUAGGUCAGUCUGCAGACCUGAGGCCAGGGGAGUUUGUGGUGGCCAUUGGGAGUCCCUUUUCCCUGCAGAACACGGUGACCACGGGCAUUGUCAGCACCACGCAGCGCGGGGGCAAGGAGCUGGGGCUCCGCAAUUCCGACAUGGACUAUAUCCAGACUGAUGCCAUCAUCAAUUAUGGGAACUCUGGAGGACCCCUAGUAAAUCUGGAUGGUGAAGUCAUUGGAAUUAACACAUUAAAAGUUACAGCAGGCAUCUCGUUUGCUAUCCCAUCUGAUAAAAUAAAGAAGUUCCUAACUGAAUCCCAUGACAGACAAGCUAAAGGAAAAGCUGUAACCAAAAAGAAAUACAUUGGCAUAAGAAUGAUGUCCCUAACUCCCAGCAAAGCUAGAGAGUUGAAGGAUCGCCAUAAAGACUUCCCUGAUGUUGUCUCUGGGGCCUAUGUCAUUGAAGUUAUUCCAGAAACACCAGCUGAAGCUGGUGGCCUGAAGGACAACGAUGUGAUUAUAAGCAUCAAUGGACAGUCGAUAAGCUCAGCCAGUGAUGUCAGUGACAUUAUUAAAAAGGACAGUACGUUGCACAUGGUUGUGCGCAGGGGCAACGAAGAUGUUAUGUUAACAAUAGUUCCCGAGGAAAUCGAUCCCUAA